AUGAAGAUACAGACGGAGCGGUUGAGCAAGGUGAGCUCUCUAUAUACCCCAACUAUCACGGUCGGUAUUGAUGAAUUAACCAAGGAUGCAGAACCCGCUGUUCGGAAACCGGCCUCAAAAUCAAAGCGGAAGUCGAAAUUAAACCUUUCAUUUGGGGUCGGCGGAACUUCUAUGACCGACGAUGUUUCGGACGAAGGAGAGGUUGUCAUUCCUAAGAAGACGGGAAUAAGGCGAAAUGUUUUGGAUAGAGCAUCGAACCGAAAACACCUGAACUCAUCGGAGACACUUCCUGUCCGGGUUGGCCGAGAUGAUGACCGACCAAGCUACAGCAAGGACUAUCUCCAGGAAUUACGAAAUUCUACGCCCUCCACGCCAAAGAACGUGUCUCGCCCAGACACUGAAGAUGAAAAAGACAAAGCCUUGGAUAUAGCCGGCAAAUUUGGAGAAGUGGCGAAAUACACCAGACCCUCUGCCAUUCCUAGUGAGGCAGAAAUCAGGGAGAAAAAGGAGCGGCGCAGUCGCCUGGCUAAGGAGCAAGAGUAUAUAUCUCUUAAUGAUACCGGCAUAGAGGAAGAUGAGGAUGAGUGGUCACUCUCAAAGAAACCACUUGAAACCGACACAAGGUUAGUGCGAGACGACGAGGAUUUUGCGGAGGGCUUUGAUGAGUACGUUGAGGACGGCCGGAUAGCAAUGGGCAAACGGGCAGAGAUUGAGCAAAAACGGCGGCAACGUGCAAAUAUGAAAGAGCUCAUCAAUGAUGCCGAAGAUCUCUCGGACGAGGAUGACUCUGAAACCGAACGCCGGGCGGCAUAUGAAUCUGCACAAACUCGUGCAGGAAUGGAUGGUUUAAAGAGGGACGCUGACGAACCUGUAACGCGCCCAAAGACGCCACCCAAAAUAACAUCUCUUCCGACGCUUGCAUCGAAAUUGGCUGGCUUGCGAAUGAAUGUGGUCGAAAUGGAAAACAAUAAAACGCAACUUGUCAAUCGUUUGGAAGAGCUUCGCAAGGAAAAAGUCGAGAUAUCGGAGAGAGAGACGGAAAUCCAAAAUCUUUUGAAAGAAGCUGGCGAGAAGUAUGAAAAACUCCGGGCGGAGGCCGGUCAAACUGCCACUACGGAGAAGCUUAUCACAGGAAAUGAAGUGGGAGCUGACCGUGGACUUGAUAACCUCGCGACCAUGUCGCUACCAGCACCGGAUACCGAAAUGGAUGAAGAGGGCUAA